AUGUAUACAAAAUUAAGACCUAUACAAUCAGGAACUUUUAGCACGGUUUACAAAGCAUGGAGUACCAAGUACAAUCGCUACGUCGCUUUAAAAAUCACUCCUAAAUACAAAACUUCAGAAAAAAACAUGCUAAACGAAUACAAUGUAAUGAAGACUUUAAGCUCUCACAGCCCUCACCCCAACAUUUGUUCAAUGCUUGAUUUUUACACUGACGAUUCGUACUACGUCAUGGUUCUAGAGUACUGCGAGUGCGGUGACCUUUACGACUUUCUUGAUAUUGCUAAGAGUCAAGGCACUCCUUCAUCUCCCUCUUUGAUCCAAAUCGACAUGCAAAAAAUCAUCAGGCAACUGUAUUCAGCAAUACAAUUUGCUCACAGCUUGGGAAUUGCACAUAGAGACAUCAAACCGGAAAACGUUCUUUUAACCAUCAAUGGUGACGUUAAAUUGGCCGAUUGGGGCCAUGCUAUCCAAGCCUCCAAGUCUAACGACUACCAAAUCGGCACAGAUAAUUAUAGAGCACCAGAAACCUUUUCAAACCGUAUUGAGACUUCUUCUUUUAAGAGGAAGCUGGACCUAUCAUCCGCCCCAUUGUACAACACUUACAAGGCAGACUAUUGGUCGCUAGGUGCUACUAUAUUCUAUUUGCUUUUUGGUGAUUGUCUUUUCAGAGUUUUGAAACCAAAGAAGGGUCAACAUCUAAAAAACUUAAAUGAAUUCGAAAAGGAUCCGUUUGCGUUCAUCUACAAUAAAUAUGUUGUACCAAGGCUGGCCGGUGGUUACAACAAUGAAGGAGAUUUGCAUGAAAGCUUACAACACACAAGACAAUACGUCUGGCAAGACCUGCCCGAUAUUUACGAUGUCUUCCACUUGUGCAAAAUCAUUGUGGAUACGCUCCUGAGGGUAUCGGAUGCCGAAGAGAGAUCAAUGGAAAAAUUUAUGAACAUGGUUGACUCUGCAUGGAACAAAGACACCUCUACAAAAGAUUCCUUUUCUUACCAAAGUAAAAUUGACCUGUUCUGGGAACAAUGGUCAAUAAACACUGAAUCAAUACCAUCUAAUUUCCAGUUAAGAAAUUUUGAAAAGCCCUGCUUGGUUCAGGACAGCAAGUAG